AAAAAAAAAAAAAAAAAAAAAAAAGCCUAUUAUUUAUUUUUCUCUCUCUCUCUCUUAUCUUUUUUUUUUUUUUUCCCCUUUCCCCUGUGUUUUUUUUAGAGAUUAAUAAUGGCACCCAUUGUAUUAAAAGUAAAAGGUAAUUUACAAUCUCUGCCUUUUGGUAAUCUUGAUUCGUCAGAUGAUCUCUCCAAGACCUGGCGAGUGUGUACCAAAGUGAAGGACUCACUUGAAAAUGGGUCCAGACUAGAGAAUUUAUCAUGGAGACUCUGGUUUGCGCAUAAUGUAAACCGACCUAGCAGCAAUAUGACAACAAAUUUUAAAGUACCCGAUAAUUUCGACUUUCAACAAGAUAUUCAGAAAAAGAAGAAUCUAAUCAAGAUAGAGUCUAUGGAAGUCGAUUACAAAAGAAAACUUAGUUUACAGCAAAAGAAACAAGCUGAAUUAUUAUUGACUCAGUCCCGCCAACAUCAACAUCAUCAUCAUCAUCAUCAACAACAACAGCAACAACACAUACAGCAGCAACAACAACAGCAGCAACAACAACAACAGCAACAACAGCAGCAACAACAUCAUCAUCAACAUCAACAACAACAGAGAGAAGAGUUUACUUUGCAACAAUUUACAUCAGAUCAAGCAGGUGAUCAAGUCAUUCAGCUCGAUGAUAUCUUUAAAUCGUUUGGGGCAGAUAUACAAGCGUAUUUGGACCCUACAGAAGAACAACAAUUGGAUAAUCUGAUUAAUGAAUCCUGGCCCAUGUCUAGUAGCAAUUCUUCUUAUAAUGAAAUGAUCAAUUCCAAUGCCACAUCACCUAUUGCCAUGACAUUUGGUAAUGUGUCGCAACCACCACCAGCAACACCAACAGCAGCAUCAUCAUCAUCAUCAGCAGCACAAGCACCGGCAGCAGUAUCACAACAUAGUAGUUAUGGAUAUACGAGUUAUAAUAACAAUCAGGCGUUAUAUGUUUCUUCUGAAGCAAUGCCUCCUAUACCAAUAGGUACACUUCAUAAUAAACUAUUAGCCACCUUACCUAAAGAAACCCUGGAAUCUGCCGGUCGAUUAUUGAGCACCUCACCCCAAGAACCUGUUGCAUCAUCAUCCUCUGUGGUGGAAGACCAUCCAUCUUCUUCUUCUUCUUCUAGUUCUUAUCGUUUCUUUAUGCCUCCACAACCCGUCAACCAACAACAACAACAACAACAGAUAUCCAGCAAUAAUUCAUCCUUCACUUUCCAUCAUCAUCAUUCUAAAUCAUUACCUCCUUCUAGAGCUGCUUCUCCACCUCCAACAGAUAUACCUCCUCAAAGAAGAGCAACAGCUCCCAUCAAUAGUUCUCCUUCGGAAGGGAAAGCCCCCAUCUGCAGUAACUGUAGUACUGCUUCCACUCCCUUGUGGAGACGUUCUGCCAAUGAUGAAUUGCUGUGCAACGCCUGCGGCCUCUACUUAAAAUUGCAUAAUGCGCCUAGACCCAAAUAUUUAAAACCUCAAUCUUCUCGAAAAGACCUGAAAGGGGAGGAUGAGAAUAUUAUCCAACCGUUAUGUUCUAAUUGUGGUACUUCUACCACGCCACUAUGGAGACGUGAUUUGGACGGAGCCCCUCUUUGUAAUGCAUGUGGACUGUAUUUGAAGCUACACCAUGAGAAACGACCUUUAUCGAUGAAGACGGACAAUAUUAAGAAACGACAACGGUGCGAUAACGCGGCGAAAUCGUCUUCUUCUUCGUCAGCAGUACCACCACCUACGACAGUGACGAAAAAGAAGAAUCGUGUGGUGGAGGAACCACUGACGACAACAUUUGAAUCCACCACUUAUCAAUACAUGCAAGAUGUGGUGCCAUCCAAUACAACGGAAUAUUCUCCCUUUGGCACUUUUGGUCUUACAAUGACAAACCAACCCAUUUAAAUCUUUUUUUUUCCCUUUACUCUUUUGUAAAUAGUUUUUUUCAUUUUUUUUCUUUUCUUAAUAUUCCCCCCCUUCUCUUUCUCAUUCUGCCUUUUUUUUUUUUUUUCACUUUUUUUUUU